AUGUACCCACAAACCCCACUCGGCUACUCGGGGCCGAUGACCUUCAGUCAUGGUGGUGUCAACCCCGGGGAGGUGAUUGAGGACCUCUAUGCAGUGAUGCAGCCGCAGUGGAGCGGAUUGGAAGCUACGAGCCACUUGAAGCUGACCAGCUCUGAGUCGAUGCAGUCGCCUUAUGGAGGAAUCAACCAUCCAUAUACUACAACUACAGCUUUCCCCACCGGCUCCAUCCUCACCCCUAUCAGCCUCCCCGACAGCUCUUUCAGGCCGAGUCCGGUACUCAGUCAUCAUUCGCAAGAGUUCCAAUACAAUAUCAGCGAUAAUAUUCCAUCUCAAGGGCUAGGUAUCACGGCUCCCUUUCCGAGCAACUUCCCUCGCACUGUGACUGCGGGCCUCGGACAUACUAUAGAUCAGCUCGAAUAUGGUCUAGGCGAGGUGGAUCACUCGCCCCGGACCCCGCCAGCAAAGAGGGCCAGGCGCGGGCCCAAGCAGGCCGCCACGCCUCGGGAGGCCCCCGUAACGAUACUGCCCAACCCCGAAGGUCUCCAGCGACUGGAACAGGAGCGAAGACAAGGGGCAGCCGAUGCCCAGCAGCAACAGCGGCCUCGAGCCCCCGGAAGGGGCCGCAGGGACCCGCAGGCGGAGGAGGAAGACGCAUUCGUGGAGAGACUGCGGGAACAGAACCUCGCAUGGAAGGUCAUCCGCGAAAUGUUCCGGGAGAAGUUCCAUAAGGAUGCAUCCGAGGCGCGGCUGCAGAUGCGCAUGCUACGGCGGCGCAAGGAGCGCCUGGCCCGGUGGGGUGAGAACGAUAUCCGCCUACUCAUCCGGGCUCGGGAUUAUUGGGAGCACGAGAAGUAUAAUGUGAUUGCACAAAAGAUGAGGGAGCUUGGUUCCGGGCAGUACACUCCACAGCAGUGCGAAGCGCAGCUGCGUUAUCUUGAUGCGCAGAACCGGGAUCGGAGUGUCCUGGCUGCGCGACCACGAAUAUCUGAGCCUUUGCAGACACGACGACGAGUCUGGCCUCGUUCAUCGUCUCAGAGCCUGGCCGGUGAGACCAGAAAAUGA